UUUUAUAAUAUUUCAUUGUAAAUAAUUUGGCGCUUCUUCCGAGUCAGCCGGUGCCCAUGCCGCCCUAUUCCAUUUAAUAAUUAUUCUAAUUAGUUUUAAUAUUCAAGCAAAUAAUUAUUAGUGCAAAUUCGUUAUAAAUAGACUUUACCAUAUAAAAAUUUAUUAAGAUAUUUUAUUAAUUGCUUAAUUGUAAUUUAAUUAAUAAAUUUUAUCAGUCAUUACAUUUACAUUUGUACGUUAUUAAUUCAACGUAGGUAUACAUUUUCAAUUCUGAUAGUUUUCAUUCUUACUUUCAACAGGCUUUCAUUUAAAUUUUAAAGAAUUAAAUACAGUUAUAAUUUACAAAAUGAAACUUCAUUAUAUAGUAACUAUUGCGUGUUUACUGGUCAUUACAUCGAAAAAAACUCACCAAGAAGAAAUUAAUAUUGCCAUUAUAGGAGGUGGAAUAGGAGGAACAUCAUGUGCUUAUUUCCUAAAAGAAAUGUUCAAUGAACAGGUUAACAUAGAUUUAUAUGAAGGUAAUACUAUUGGUGGAAGAAUUGCUACUGUAACUUUAAACGAUGGAAAUAUGUAUGAAGCUGGUGGAUCAGUCAUUCAUGAUCGAAAUAGAUACAUGUCAAAUUUUGUUGACAUUACUGGUCUAGAAAAACGUAAUACAGCUUUAAAAUCUGAAAGAGUUGGAUUAUAUUCUGAAAAUGGCUUUGAGUUUAUAGAGAGUAAUAGUGAAGUGGUGAAUAUAAUGAAAUCUGUUUGGCGUUAUGGUUAUGGAGUUAAAACAAUGAAAGGUACAAUUGAUGGAAUACUUAACAAAUUUGAUAAAAUUUAUGAAUUACAAAAUGCUGGUAAAAGUUAUGAUGAUAUAGUUGAUCUUUUGGUAGCUAUUGACCCAGAUUUUGGGAGCUAUUUAAAUAUUUCUAUCAAAGAUGCUUUUAUAAAUAAUCUAGGAUUUUCUGAAUUACUUGUUGAUGAAAUUGUUAAAGCAUCACUUGUAGUAAAUUAUGGACAAGAUGUUGAUGUUCACCAAUUUGUUGGAUUAGUUUCAUUGGCAGGAAUGGGAGGAUCUUUAUGGGCAGUAAAAGGGGGCAAUAAAAUGGUGGCUGAAAAACUAGUUGAAUUAUCAAAAGUACGUUUAAUACAAGAAUAUGUUGUACAAAUAACACAAAACGACAAAAAAUAUAUUUCAUAUACACUGACAACUAGUAAUAGAAAUAGUUUAACAUAUGACUAUGUAGUAUUUGCUGCACCGCUAGCUGAAAAUCAAAAAAUUCCCAUAGUAUUUAAUGAUAUGAUAGAACCUUUCAAAGUGGGAAAAUAUCAUCGAACAAUCAGUACUUUUGUAGUAGGUGAACUUAGAAAAGAAAAAUUUUCUCCUUUCUCAUAUGAAAAUGAUGGCAAACUUAUUAUAGCAAUCAAAAAAGAAUUUUUUAAUUCAAUAGGAAAUAUUGAAACUGUUAAUAACACAUCAUCUAACUCAAAUUACUGGAAAAUAUUUUCUAAAGAACCACUUUCUUCAUAUCAGCUAAAUGAAUUAUUCACUAGUGUAAGUGAAGUUAAAGUAAUGGAUUGGUUGGCUUAUCCUCAUUAUCAAGUGCCUACAAAACCUUCAAGCUUUCAUUUAUCUGAUCAGCUUUACCACAUAAAUGCUAUUGAGUGGGCAGCAAGUGCUAUGGAAAUGAGUUGUAUUGGAGCCAGAAAUGUUGCACUUUUAAUAAAGAAAAAUUUUGAAAACAAUUGGAAUCAAACUACCAUGGAGCCUCGUGUAGAAUUAUAAAAUAUACUAUGAAUAAUAUUAGGGAUUGCUAUAUAUUCAUGGAAAAAAUGAUCAACAUCAUUACUUAAUAACAUGUUUAGUAUAUUAUGUACAUAAUAGCAUAAGUUUAAAAAUUAAAUGAUAAACAUUAUUAGUAGUAGUGAUUUACUAUAAAACAUAGGUAAUUACAUCAACAUCAAACAAU